GUGCGGGGCAACGGAAACGGCAGUGCGCCUGCGCAGGAGAGGAGUGCGGGGCAACGGAAACGGCGCCAAGCAGAGAGUGGGCCCAAGGCGGCGGAUCCCCCCUUCACAGCGGCACCCGAGCAGCAGCAGCAGCAGCGUCUCCCACACAUUCCGUUCAGAAUGCCAGCUCUUAAUUGUCGGUUUUACCAACACAAAUUUCCGGAGGUGGAAGAUGUGGUGAUGGUAAAUGUCCGCUCCAUUGCAGAGAUGGGUGCCUAUGUCAGCCUCCUAGAAUAUAACAACAUUGAAGGCAUGAUUCUACUCAGUGAGCUUUCAAGGAGACGUAUCCGAUCAAUCAACAAACUGAUUCGCAUUGGCAGAAAUGAAUGUGUAGUUGUAAUCCGAGUCGACAAAGAGAAAGGUUACAUUGAUUUGUCUAAGCGCAGAGUUUCACAAGAAGAAACUAUAAAAUGUGAAGACAAGUUCACCAAGUCCAAGACUGUGUACAGCAUUUUGCGACAUGUGGCAGAGGUGCUUGAAUACACUAAAGAUGAACAGCUGGAUAGCCUGUUUCAGAGAACAGCCUGGGUCUUCGAUGAGAAGUACAAAAGGCCUGGAUAUGGAGCUUACGAUGCAUUUAAACAUGCAGUUUCAGACCCUACUAUUCUCGACAGUCUUGACUUGACAGAAGAAGAACGGGGGGUAUUGCUGGAAAAUAUCAGGCGCCGUCUCACUCCACAGGCUGUUAAAAUUAGGGCAGAUAUUGAAGUUGCAUGUUAUGGAUACGAAGGUAUAGACGCUGUCAAAGAGGCACUUAGAGCUGGCCUAGAAUGUUCUACGGAAAUUAUGCCCAUUAAGAUAAAUCUAAUAGCUCCUCCUAGGUACGUUAUGACUACCACAACACUUGAGCGUACAGAAGGCCUUUCUGUUUUAAACCAAGCCAUGUCUGCAAUUAAAGAGCGGAUUGAGGAGAAAAGGGGAGUGUUUAACAUCCAGAUGGAGCCCAAGGUGGUCACAGAUACUGAUGAGACAGAACUGGCAAGACAACUUGAGCGCCUGGAGCGGGAAAAUGCUGAGGUUGACGGAGAUGAUGAUGCUGAUGAAAUGGAAGCAAAAACUGAGGAGUAAUUAGCUGCUGAGCACAGGACACUGAUGAGGGAAAUACACAACUCUAUUCAUAAUACAGACUCCAAAGCUAUCAAUAUUGGCCGUAUACAAAAGAUUUCAUGCAAGAGUAUUUCACUUUUCAUUUACAUAGCUUGUGACCUGGAAUUGUUCUGGUACCUUCUAUUUUUCACCAUUUCAAUAGACAUUGUUUCAAGCCAUUUACAUAGUUUACAUUGUGAUCGAGACUUGUUCCAGGCAUUUACAUGGCUUGUAAUCACCAACUAUUCUGGUACCUUUUGUUUUUCGCAGUUUCAAUAAAAAAAUGUUCCAAGCUGACUCAAUUUUUUGGGAAGCUGUAACCCACACCCCUGGUGUUAAGAUGAUGCAUUGGAGAACAAGUUGAGUGCCUGGUACAUUUACAGCAGGAAUUUUCUAAAUUGCAACACUUGAAAAUUGCUAACUAUAUUAUCACACUGGAGUUUUACAAGGAUGGGGGUUUGUGGGAGAGAGGAAAAGGCUUUUUUGAGCAAAGUUGUAUUCUGAACAUUUAACAAAAAAUAAUAAACAUUGGUAAAAUGCA